AUGGACGAACAAGAUACUUUAUUGAUAUGUCCAUACAAUCAAAGUCAUCGUAUUGUCAAAAGCGAGAUGCAAAAUCACUUGAUACACUAUUGUGUUAACCGUCCUUGGAAUAAUUGGAAAAUGGAAACAUGUCCAUACGAUACAAGUCAUGUAAUUUCAAAUGAAACAUUUCCAUACCAUUUGGAAAAUUGUUUCAAAAGAGCAACACUUGAAAAAUUAAUUACAUCACAGGAACCAAACCAAAGUGCCGGGGCCGAGUGUAUAGACAACAUAAUAAAUGUUGUUUCUGUCCCUCCACAGAAUGAUAACUGUGACAAUAUGGACGCAAUGGACGAACAAGAUACUUUAUUAAUAUGUCCAUACAAUCAAAGUCAUCGUAUUUGUCAAAAGCGAGAUGCAAAAUCACUUGAUACACUAUUGUGUUAA